UGGCAGAAUGGCCCACGGACAGCGGCGGGGAAGCUCGGCUUCGGCGGGACCUUCAAGCACGGGCUCUUCUGAGCUGGGGAAAAGGAAGAACCGUCUUUCUGGUUCGCUGUCUCAUCUUAUUCUUCAGACCCUCGAAGCCCAAAAUCUGUCGCGAAAAGGUUUGUCGCUGGCAGCGCUCAAGAAGUUGCUCGCUGAAGCUGGGUACAAUGUAAGGAGGAAUAACAGCCGCCUGAAAAGGGAGCUGCACAACUUGGUUUCUAGCGGAUUAUUGGUCCGCGUAAGUGGCAGCGGCGCGUCGGGCUCCUUCAAGCGCAGCAGCAGUCGGGAGAGAAAGGCCACGGGCAAAUCGCAAAAGGGGAAACGCAAAAAAGCGGCGGGCAACAAAGAGCCCACAAAGAAACCCAGGAAGACGCAGUCAGCGGUUAAUAAGCCCAAAGGUCUCCAGAGCAGAACAUCAGCUGCUCUCGGUAGGAAACGCCUGCUCAACAAGCAUCCCUCAGCGGAGCGUGUCUGCUAACCAACCUCCUCCCUUCGCCGUCACCAAAAGGCUCUUUUAAGAGCCACUCACGACUUUGGGGAAGGGCUGGCGCAUUAGCGAAGGCCCACACCUUUUCUCCAUCCGAGGCUUCUACAAUCUAAUACUUAAAAAAAUCUUUUGAAAUUCGAGUAUUCCUCCGGAUCUUUACAUUGUUUGACUAAGUUUAGUUAAGCGUGUUGCAUGCCAUAUACGCUGGUGUACGUUCACUGAGCUGGGUGGUAAUAAUACUGACCAGUAAUUUUACAAGUCUCGUGGAAUAUUAGAAUUAAGAAAUGAAAAUUACCGUUUUGAUUUUAAACUAUUUCAAAAGAAAAUCAUGCUUUCUUCCGUUGAGGCAAAUGACACAAAAGUUCCUAUGGCUCGAUUCUUACCGUUUAUUUUUUUUCCACUGGUUACACAUUCUUUGAAACUGCAAACUUGAAUAAAAAUAAGCCUCAAUUAA